AUGCGACCGGUUUCCUUAGGGGUCGCGCUUUCUAUCCAACUCUUUUCGGCGCAGCUUGGGCUGUUGUCAGCUAAUGCCUACGACAUUGUAAAAGAUUACUCAGGCGCCACGUUUUUCGACGGGUUCCACUUUUACGGGAGUUACGACAACUUGACCUCUGGUGAUGUGGACUACGUUACCAGAGAGAAUGCCACAGCCAAAAGACUUGCGUUCGUCAAUGGUGAGGGACGUGCUGUCAUGAGAGUAGACAACGCUACCGACACAAUUUAUCUGGAAAAGCGAGAAUCUGUAAGAAUCGAGAGUAGACUUUGGUAUGGCCCGGGAACUCUGUGGAUAGCAGACAUUGUCCAUAUGCCCUUUGGUUGUUCGGUAUGGCCAGCACUAUGGACUACUGGUAAAAACUGGCCAGAUGAUGGAGAAAUCGAUAUUAUCGAAGGCAUUAAUCUUAUGGAAAACAACCAAGUGGCUCUCCACACCACUCCUGGAUGCAUGCACAUAGACCCUCCUCCACCCAAUCAACGUGGUGUUUCACGGCAGCUGAACUGCACGAUUGAUGCUGGAUGCACAGUUGGGGAGACUGCACCCAACAGCUUUGGUGCCGGGUUCAAUGCUGCUGGAGGAGGUGUAUAUGCAACUCAAUUCGACGAGAGCGGCAUCUGGUUCUGGAGUCGUCCUAACAUUCCUAAAUCCAUCCUUGAAGCCACGUCGACGUCAUCCAUCACCAGUUUAGACGAUUGGGGCCCUGCUACAGCGAGCUACCCUUCCGGCCCUCACUGCGAAAUUACCAAGUUCUUCAAGGCCCAGAAAAUUAUCAUCAACAUUACGCUUUGCGGUAUCUGGGCAGGAAAUCCUGAGUUUUACACCCCCCAAUGCGGUAACCAAGGAGUAACUGGAUUAUGCUACAACGACAACGUGGUUGGCUUUGGGACCGCCCGUAAAUAUGACAACGCGUACUUUGAGUUCAACUAUCUACGAACAUACACCAAUGGCCAGGCUCAAGUCUUCGACCCAGAUGUUGACUCAGAUACCAGCCCGAGCUCAUCUAGCGGUACUCGUUCCCCACCAAGCUCGACAGGAAGCAGCGGUGCAAGUUCGACUAACACCCCAGGUACCAGCGCUGCGUCUGGACUACAAUCUUUUGCCGCUAAAGGAUUGGCCAGCGUCGCUGGUGCAGUCAGUCUGGCAUUAUCUAUGCUGUGA